AUGAAUUGCACGGAGGAGAGAGAUUUCCAUCUUUCGGCUUUCUCUUUGCCAUUUGAGUUUAGUCUUGUUCUUUUCUUUGGGAUUCUAUUGAUGUAUUUAGUGGCUGUGUCCGGAAACUUGGUUAUUAUUGGUCUGGUGUACACAAUAUCCCAGCUGCAUACCCCAAUGUAUUACUUCCUGUGUAACCUUUCUGUCCAGGACAUCGUCUACGUGUCGGCUACUCUGCCUAAAUUUUUAUCUGUUACGAUAUCUGGAGAUACCCGGAUCCUUUUCACAGAAUGUAUCACUCAGAUGUUUUUCUUCACUUUCUGUGUUGGAACUGAGUUUUUCCUCUUGACGUUCAUGGCAUAUGACCGAUAUGUAGCCAUUUGUGUCCCUCUCCGCUAUACCGCCAUCAUGAACCCAAACUUAUGCUUCGUGUUAUGUUCCAUUGCCUGGUUUGUUGGGUUUUGCAAUUCCUUCGCCCAUGCCUUACUGGUAUCUAACUUAUUUUUCUGUAAUUUCCAAGAGAUCAGUCAUUUCUACUGUGAUCUGAAGACCAUGAUUGAGCUCUCCAGUAGUGACGUCACCAACAUUGAGACAAUGGUGUCCAUAGAAUGCCUAUUUUUGGGGGUGAUUCCAUUUCUGUUGACUUUAGCCUCAUAUAUAUGUAUAAUAGUAACUAUUCUAAAGAUUCAAAGCUCAGCAGGAAGGUUGAAGGCCUUCUCCAGCUGCUCAUCCCAUCUCACCAUCCUCGUAUUAUUUUAUGUACCGUCUCUCAGUUCCUACUUGAUCCCACGCUCUAAACAAUCCGAGGAACAGAAUAAGACGCUUUCCUUGCUGUACACAGCGCUUGUUCCAACGUUAAAUCCUCUGGUUUAUAGUUUGAGAAACAAACAAGUUUGGAAAGCCGUGGACCUCCUAGUGGAAAGAUAUAGAAAAUGUUAGUCAGUUUUGCUCAAGAGGUAAUGAAAAGAUC